AUGCAGUCCACCUGCAUCAGACGCAGCUUGCAGCACAAUGGAAAAGUGCCUUUGACUGACCGUUCCUCACCCACGCUGCAAUGCUGCAUUUACCGCACAGACUCGAGGCAAGGCAUUCUGAGUCUUCCAUUGACCGUGCUGAAUUUCGCCCUCUUUCUCUUCCCCUUCCUCUUGGAGCCGCUAUUGACACGCGACGGUAUUUGCAUCAGUCUAGAUCCUCUCGCCGUCCCCGCCAUUGCCACUGUUUGCAUCUGGGGCAACACAUGGACCGCUCCAUUGCAACGCGAGACAGGCACCAUAUCCGCUGUCUCUUUGGUCACUGGUGUCUGGACUUUGGAGCUCUCUUCUGAAGCUCUUACCAGGUACCCGUACCUUUCGGCACCGACAUACCUCGACGGGCCCUCCGUUUCUCAAGCACUCUGGCACUUUGCGGCUUGUCUCCUCGUGCUUCACUACCGCCUGGCUCAUGCUGAUGCAUCCUUACCUAUCAGAGCCAGACUGUGGCAAAGUCAAUUUGGUUCAUCACCAGCAGCAGCAGCAGCAGCAGCAGCAACAGAAUGCCAGAUCCCUCAAAUGGUCCCGGAUGGCCUCGAUAGUUUGACGUCGGACUCAACCACAAUACCUACUGUAUCUACCGUUUCCAUCGGAGGCCUGCAGAUCCUAGGACAGCCUCUUUUGGAGACCCGAGUUGGACAUAUCUUGCGCAAGACAGCCUAUGCUGUCACUGCUGUGGUACCCAGGCCUUCAACCUACGGGCUGGCAGUAUCCAAGACACAACCAUGUAAGUUGAAGCUGAUUUGCCGCCCAAGAUGCAUCAGGCGUCCUGCCGCUCCCGUUCUGCCUCCUCCCGGGUCAUACUUGCGCUCUCUGACGUCUUGUCUCGUAGCAAACAUGCAACACGCAGACUGUCGAUUGGCCUUGUUCUUGAAGGUGGUGCAGUCACCGCGCGCCCACCAGUCACUCACGCAAAUGUCGCCUACGUUUGGCACAAACCGGCGUUCGUCCGUGCAUGUGAAGAUGGCGCUUGUUCGGGGCAAGAUUCAGAUCGGAAAAUCCUCCAGUCGUAGACGGCGGUGGUGUGGCAGCUUAGCCAAUAUCGAGUCAGAUCAACAACCGCCCCCAACCCUGCACCAUUCGACCAGCGACAGCAAUUCUGCAGUCACUCUGUACAUUGGUUGCCGUGCGUUGAGAAGUCCUUUCCGCCGACUUCCUCCAACUAAUUCGCGAUCAGGAGAUUUGACUUCAUUGUGGGAUGUCUCUGGGGCGAGACUUGAUAUAAGUACACGGCGGAGACUCCUCUUGCGUCGCAGCAUCAUUGGGGAUACGAUCGAUAAAAGGUGCCCGCCGUCGUUCAGCCUUCAGGGACGGCAGUACGUACCCGGGUUCCCCACGCUUCUUGGUGGGAUGACAGGGAUGAGCAAAGUAUACGUACCUCUGCACGCAAGGAAGUGGUCCUCCAUGUUUUCUGUUCCCAUUCUUUCAACCCCACGAACGAAGCAGCGGAAAGCAGAGCGGACUGGGAAGACGCGACAGACUGGAGCCUCACGAUUGGCCAGCAACGUCUUCAGCCUGCUCCAGCCAAUCGGGAGUAGAGCAAGAAAGAAAGUGGCCAAAGAUGAGCCUCUCACCAGCUGGCAACAUUUCUCAAUCGCUUCGCAUGGCAUCCAAAUUUCACACCGGAAUUUUUCAAUGCACAAGGGAAGACCGAUGAUAGACACUACGGCAAUUGGACUGGACUCUACUCGACUUGCCUCGGGCAAACCCGCGAGACAGAGGAUGAAACGACCCAGGAUCGAGUCGCUCGACGACCUCCACAGCUCACAGCUUGAACAGGACGUAAAGACCCUGAAACAAGGGUGGGAACGCCGUUUUCUGGAAGCAUCAUGGCAUUCCAGGGUCCGGUUUUUGCCUGCUUCGCUUCUAUGGAUGAAUCCCCGGUCUUUGCUCUCACAAGUCCCUGGAAUGUUCACAUCCGAUGGAUACCUUGCGGUGAAAGCACACAGCAAUGCCGGCCAUUAUGAUAUUCAGUGGACUGGGAAACAAAGCUCCAUCGCCUUUUCAGAAUCCCGAUUAUCGACCAAUCCCAACAUACUCAAUUACACGGGGGACAAGGAUUGGGACAAGCUGGCAAGUAGCUUGUUGCCUGGAAUGAUAUCCGUUCUGGCAGUAGACGAAGAGCACGCCAGGGGCAAAAGUAUGCCUCCUCAAUCCAUCACUCAGAGGCCACGGCCCACAGACAACGGCUAUUUGCACGACGCUUCUGCAAUCUGUCUGCUCAUCGUGGCACUCGUGCAAGUCGGGCCCACCGUCGCCUACUGUCGUGGACUUGUGGUGUGGUGCCGUCCGCUUCUCAUUCCUAACGAACCCGAGGCCGGGCCCUUUUUCACGGACCACAGGGCCGACCUCCUUCACAUGCGCCACAACCUACUCCAAAGGUCACGACAUUUCUUUUCACCCCUUGCUAGCACGUAUAUCCGUUCCGUUAGCUUUGCAGAGGAAUCAGGGAACGAUGGUAUUGGCACUCUGCUGAUACCUCCCCCUCUCGGCAAACAGUGCCACUGGCUAGAGGCGGAACAUUCCCUUCGUCCCGUCUGGCCGCGGAGGGCUAACGCUCAAGCAGGUUUACUCACCCUAGCUUUUUUUGGAGGAAAUCCAGGGUUGUGUACCUACUCCGUAUCUGCUUCGCAUCGUCUCUUCGAGGAAGAAGAGGAGAAGAUUCGUACUCCAGCAUGUCACUCGAGGAGAGUUUACGAGUUGCGAGUUUUCGAUGAGACAUCCCCGAGAGCCACAGCCUCGAGCAUACCUACCUUACUCAUGCUUCUCUCAGUCUUGCCUACCACUAAUUACUCACAUGCUAUUACCACUACGGAGGAUCCCCCCAAGUCUCAGUCAGGUCCAUAUUUGGCCUCCUAUUCACCGCCUCAGUCCCGAGACGUGGAACAACGCUUCCCUGACCGCCAAUCACACGAUACGCGAAUACCGUUUCUCACCCAGACAGCCUGCUGCAUAACAAACAAGCCCCUCUUCGACACCUAUUAUCACUCAUAUCCUUAUCAAGAAUACCUGUCGUCCAGGGCCUCGUGA